AUGUGCAGGGAGCAAGCUCAGGGACCUGGGGCUGAGUCCCUCACUCUGCUCCUGGGUUCAGAGCUUCCUGACAGGAAGACCACAGGUGGUGACGAUUGGAACCCACACCUCCAGCUCCCGUACCCUCCACACUGGUGCCCCCCAAGGCUGUUGGUGGUAGGCCUGAUCUGUAAUAACAACGAGACGGCCUAUCUGGAGGAGAUGGAGCUGCUGUCUUCAUGGUGUAAGGACAACAACCUGGACCUGAAUGUCGCCAAGACCAAGGAGGUGGUGGUCGACUUCAGGCGAGAGAGGCAGAGGAUCCACUAUGUGCCGCUCAGGAUCUACGGGACCCCGGUGGAGAGAGGGAAUGAUGCCGACCAUGGCUUAGUUAUUGCUGUUGUGUGUGUGACCUUCUUCCUUCCUCCGUACCUGGUGGUGGUGACCCCUCCCUCCCUCACUUUCACUCCUGUAGGUUCCCUGGCAAUUCCCCACCAGUACUGUUCAGCCUACUCACGUCUGGAAGAAAGCGUCCACCAGCUGAAGGACAAUAUCCGGGAAAAGGACAGGCUGAUUGACGACCUCAUAUCGGUCGCCUUAUCCCAAUCAAAGCACAUUUCAUACAUCCAGGCACCCCGACUCCCAUCCUCACCCUCCCGACUGUCACAGGCCGUGGCCUCGGACUCUGCUGCCACCCUGCCCUGGGCACCGGUUGGUACCAAUCCAGACCCCGGAGCGGAGAGCCCGUCGGCUGCGGUGAAUGAACGGUCGGCUGCCGUGUUGGUGUCAGGGAUCGCAGCUGCGGCGGGCGAACCUUUGGCACCAGUCCCAGCCCAGCCAGCUGUUGAUGAAUGGGCCCGACUAGGAGCCCGACCCAGGUCCCCGAUCCUCACCUCCACACCAAAUCGGACAACCCCCCAGAAACAGCUAUCCUGGUCCGAAGUCGUUCGAGGCGGCAAGAACUGCGGUAGGAACUGCUCGGGCGCAAAAACAUCACUAACAGGCCUUGAGCUGUCAAACCGCUAUGAAGUUCUGCCUGAUGAUGCCCCGGCCCACCCGACGGACGCUGCAGUGGUCGCCCCUUCAUCUUCUUCUCUGCCAAUGACACAGCAACACCAUCUGAAACUGGCUCUGCUCAACACUCGGUCACUCAAUAACAAAAGCCUAAUUCUGAAUGAAUUUAUAACGGACAAUAAUCUUGACUUCCUCUGUCUCACUGAAACCUGGCACAAACCCUUGGACUAUUUCUCACUAAACCAGAUCACCCCCCCCCCCCCCAACUACACAUACAUUGAGAAAGCUCGCCCUGAGGGGCGGGGAGGUGGCGUUGCUACUGUAUACAGGAAGGACGUCAAAACAACUGCUAUCUCCAUUCCUGAUGUUCCUUCCUUUGAACAGACUGCCUUUAAACUUUCUGGCCCCACUCCUCUAGUCACUGCCGUCAUUUAUCGUCCCCCCAAGCCAAACCCCUCCUUUCUCUCCGAUUUUUCUGAUUUUCUGACCCAGCUAUGUGCCAUCUCUUUCUGUUCUCCUUCUGUUCUCCUCCUGGGCGAUUUUAAUUUCCACGUCAACGACCCAAACUGUAAACCUGCUACUGAGUUCCUGGAUCUGCUACACUGCCUGAACUUCACACAACACAUCGACUUCCCCACUCACACCCGUGGUCAUACCUUGGAUCUCGUCUGCUCCUCUGGCCUCACAUUAAAUCGGCUCUCCAGCCUCAACCUCAACAUCUCAGAUCACCUGGCAAUCAUCAUGGAUAUCGACACACCCAUCCCCACUCCCAAAAACACACGCAAAAUAACCUUCAGGAAUAUCAAAUCCAUCCCCCCCUCUGCUCUCUCAGCCUCUCUUGCCACCAAAAUGUCCGCCUCCCCUCCCCUGUCACUUGACAACCCCUCAGACCUUGUGAACUAUUACAACCACAUACUCUCCUCCUGUCUUGAUCAGCUGGCCCCCAUCAAAACCAAAACAGUCACUUUCACACACUCAGCACCCUGGUACACUCCUGAAUUACACAAAAUGAAAGCCCGCAAACGUCAGCUGGAAAGACUCUACAAGAAAACUGGUCUGACUGUUCAUCACCAAGCCUACACUGAUCACCUCCACCAAUACAAAGAUGUCCUCAACUCAGCUCGAUCCACCUACUACUCCAACCUCAUACACUGUGGCUCCUCCAACCCCAAGGCUCUCUUCUCCACAAUAAAUAAACUCCUCAAACCCAGUGACAACAUCUCCAGCUCCUUCACAGUUAAUAAGUGCAACGCCUUUCUGUCAUUCUUUCAAAACAAAAUCGACACCAUUUACAGUAACCUGACUACCUCCACCACUCCCUCCACCUCCCCACAUGUCUGCACCCCCUGCACCACUCAGUCUCUGUCUCAGUUCUCUCCCGUGUCGCCAAUACAGCUAUCCAGACUCAUGGUAGGCAUGAAAAGCUCCACCUGUGCUCUGGACCCCAUCCCAUCCACACUUGUAAAGGACUGUUUCCCAGCCAUUUCCCCUCUCAUCACUGACAUCAUCAACUCCUCCUUCAGCUCUGGCUCAGUCCCUGACACUCUCAAACUGGCUGCUGUCACCCCCAUCCUCAAAAAACCUGGACUCAACCCUGACACCAUGAGCAACUUCCGGCCCAUCUCCAACCUCCCCUUUCUGUCUAAAAUACUGGAACGUGCCGUUGCCACUCAGCUCAACACCCACCUCACCUCCAAUGACCUGUUCGAACCAUUUCAAUCUGGCUUCCGCUCACGUCACAGCACGGAAACAGUCCUUCUCAAGGUCACCAAUGACCUUCUCCUCUCCUCAGACUCUGGCCACCUCAGUAUUCGCCUCCUCCUCGACCUCACAGCAGCCUUCGACACCAUCAGCCACACCAUUCUCCUCUCCCGCUUGGAAUCAUCCCUCAACAUCACUGGUUCCGCCCUCUCCUGGUUAAGGUCAUAUCUCACAAACAGACAACAAUUCAUCAGCAUCAACAACUGCACCUCCUCCACUGCUCCUUUGUCACAAGGCGUCCCCCAGGGUUCGGUGCUUGGUCCACUACUCUUCAUCCUCUACAUGCUCCCCCUCAGCAACAUCAUCCGCCGCCACGGUCUCCAUUUCCACUGCUACGCCGACGACGUUCAGCUGUACAUCUCCACCGAAUCCAUCACCACCCUAACUCACUCCACCCUGACCAACUACCUCACUGAAAUAAAAUCAUGGAUGCACUCAAAUUUCCUCCAACUCAACUAUGACAAAUCUGACAUGAUCAUCAUCGGUCCCAAAUCCCUAACCAAAACUGCCUACAACUUCUCCCUCACUGUCGACAACUCCACUUUGUCCCCCUCUAACCACAUCCGCAACCUUGGAGUCAUCCUCGACAGUAACCUCUCCCUUGAACACCACGUCAACCACAUCACAAGAACUGCUUUCUUUCACCUAAAAAACAUUGCCCGGCUCCGCCCAUCACUCUCGUUCUCUGCCGCUGAAAUUCUCAUCCAUGCCUUCAUCACUUCCAGACUUGAUUACUGCAACAGCAUCCUCUAUGGCUCAUCUUCCAAAGUCCUCAAUAAACUUCAGUACAUACAAAAUUCUGCCGCUCGCCUAUUCACCCAUACCCGCUCUCGUGACCACAUCACCCCAGUCCUCCAGCAGCUCCACUGGCUCCCCAUCCCUCAACGCAUCCAUUUCAAAAUCCUCCUCCUCACUUACAAAGCCCUCCACAACCAGGCCCCCUGCUACCUCACCAACAUGCUCCACCACCACACUCCUUCUCGCAGCCUCCGCUCCUCCGACCUCCUGUCCCCGCCACUCAGAACCAAGCACCGGACCUGGGGUGACAGAGCCUUCUCCAUCGCUGCUCCCACCCUCUGGAACUCUCUCCCCAAUCACAUCCGUGACUGUACACAGGAGCAGCUGGCGUUGCUGUACAGGCAGCUUCAGGAGGCAAGGACCCAGAAAAAUGACCUGGUUUUUGAGUCCCAGCUGAGUGACCAGCUGAACCGGCUGCUGGAGACAUCAGACAGCAACGCCGUCCUGAUUUUGAAGAUCAGUGCCCUCACCAGAGAGGUGAGAAUACUGGAGAGGAGGAUCACACGCUCGACUAACAGCACUGGAGUCAGUGCGCUGCGGGGACAGCUGGAGGAAAAGACGAGUGAGCUGGAGAUGAAGAAGGAGCAGAUGGAGAGGAGCAACAGCAACGCCCAGCUCAAGCGACAGGUUGAGCUGGACAAUAAGAUCAAAGAGCUUCAAGACAAAGGAGAUGGUGUCUCAGCUGAUUAUCAGAGGCAGUGGAAGCAGAAGUCUGAGCUCAUUACGAAGAAGACUUCACAUCUGAAUCGGGAGACGGAUAAGUCCCAGCUGAAUAAGGAGAUCCUUGAGCUGCAGAACGAGCUGAUGCAGCUCGGGGUGGAAAGGCAACUCAGCAGAAAGACGAUGGAGGCUAAAAUAAAAGAGCUGAGAGCCACUUUGGAUCAGAAAAAGAAACAGCAAGAUGACCUAAGGAGACAACUGGAGGCAACAGACCCCACCCAGGCAGAAAUUAUCCUCAAGAUCAUCAGUAUCAUGAGAGACAUGAGAAACCUGCAUGACGGUGAGCAAGAUGGCACAACAGGAACAACUCAAGCCAAAGCCUUUCAGACAAUGCUUCAAGCCAAAGAGGGUGAAUACGCAAAAGCUCAGGAAGAAAUCAAAGACCUGCAGAGGAAACUGGAAACAAACAAGCUAGAAUGCUCUGGACUUCAGCACCAAUAUGACCAGUUGAAGGCUGAAUCUGAAGACAAGAUUGCAAAACUGAGCAAAGCUGGUGAAUCCAAAGCAGCAGUGGUUCUGGAGAUCAUAAACCAGAAUGUUGAGAUUGAGGCUCUGAGAGGUUUGAUCACUGCAACAGAUGACCCAGACAAUAUCUCAGAGCUGCAGAAGCUACUUGAGGAGAAGGAGAAAAACUUGAAGGACAAGAAGGCAGAACUGGAGAAGCUGGGUGCCAACCAACAAACAAUUUUAAGAAUCAUUGAAAUUCAAUCUGAGAUAUGGCACUAUCAGAAAGAGGCUGCCAGUAACACCACCAGUGAUCAUAUACGAGUGCUGAAAAUCAUCACGCUGCAGAGUCAGGUGGAGCAUUUGAAGAGACAACUGUCACAGCUCCAGUUGUCCCAAACCAUGGAGAUAACCAUGCUAACCAAACAACUCAACACCAAGAAAACAGAACUGCAGAGACUUACUCAAGAACUGAAUGCGAAGAACGAGGCAAAUGCCAAUUUGAUUUUGAGAGUCACAGAGCUCCAAAACCAGCUGAGGAACAUGGAGAAACAAAAUGUCAUAGCGAGCCAAACAUCAUCUGCAACAAUUACUGGUUGGAAGAAUAAGCUGAAGGCAAAAGAAGACGAGCUCUCUCAAGCUCAGAGUCAAGUCAGGGUCCUACAGACACAGCUGGACCGCAAGGAGGAGCAAUGCUCUGAUAUCCAGAUGAAACAAAAACAGCUGCAGAAUGAUCUGGACACCAAGAUGCGAGAACUGGAGGCCAAAUCUGACACAGUUACUUCACUUGUGCUGGGGAUCAUAAACCUGAAUCAUGAGCUCGAGGCACUGAAGGGUCUGAUCAGUACUGCAGACAAUCAAGACAAGAUCUCAGAGCUGCAGAAGCUACUUGAGGAGAAGGAGAAAAACUUGAAGGACAAGAAGGCAGAACUGGAGAAGCUGGGUGCCAACCAACAAACAAUUUUAAGAAUCAUUGAAAUUCAAUCUGAGAUAUGGCACUAUCAGAAAGAGGCUGCCAGUAACACCACCAGUGAUCAUAUACGAGAGUUGCAAAAAAAGCUGGACAGUCUUACCAAUGAAAUAGAAGACAAAGACAGCACAAAGCUCAUGCUGAAAAUCAUCACGCUGCAGAGUCAGGUGGAGCAUUUGAAGAGACAACUGUCACAGCUCCAGUUGUCCCAAACCACGGAGAUAACCAUGCUAAUCAAACAACUCAACACCAAGGAAACAGAACUGCAGAGACUUACUCAAGAACUGAAUGAGAAGAACGAGGCAGAUGCCAAUUUGAUUUUGAGAGUCAUAGAGCUCCAAAACCAGCUGAGGAACAUGGAGAAACAAAAUGUCAUAGCGAGCCAAACAUCAUCUGCAAUAAUUACUGAUUGGAAGAAUAAACUGAAGGCAAAAGAAGACGAGCUCUCUCAAGCUCAGAGUCAAGUCAGGGUCCUGCAGACACAGCUGGAGCGCAAGGAGGAGCAAUGCUCUGAUAUCCAGAUGAAACAAAAACAGCUGCAGAAUGAUCUGGACACCAAGAUGCGAGAACUGGAGGCCAAAUCUGACACAGUUACUUCACUUGUUCUUCAGGUUUCUACAUUAACCCAGCAGGUGGAGGCACUGAACACGCAGAUACAGAGCACUGAGAAUUCAGAAACCAAGAUACAAGAACUUCAGAAUCUUCUAGAUGAGAAGAAUAAGGAGUUGGAAAAGAAAAAAGCAGAACUGAUGGCAAGAAGUGCUCAAGCAGAAAGAUUUCUGGAGAUUAUUAUACUACAGACAGAGGCUGAGACCUUGAGCAGUGCAGCUGUAAAUGACACAGACUAUGCAAAGCUUGCUGAACUUCAAAAGCGCCUCUACAGUCUGAUUGGGGGAAUUGAAAAUGAUGACUCAACAAAAAAGAUGAUAGGCAUGGUGAAUCUGCAAGAUGAAAUAAAGAGACUGAGACAGCAAAAAGAAGAACAGAUGAACAGGCAACUGACCAAAAUUAAAGACCUGGAGAAUGAGUUGGAGGAGAAAAAGACGGAGCUAGAAGAAAAGACAAAAGAGCUGGGCAGCAGUAAGACGACGGUUACAAAUGUCUCGGCUCAGAUUAUGGAUCUCCAGCAGAAAAUCAAGCAGCUGAAGACUCAAAUAGAUAACCUCAAAGAAAGCAAUGCUGCCACGUUAGAAGAGCUGGAAAACAAACUCAGUGUGAAAGAGGGGCAACUACAAGACAGUCAACGUCUAUUGAAGGAAUCAGAUGCAAAGAAUUUCCAACUGAUCAUGGACAUUACUGAUCUCCAGUCAAAACUAAAAGAGGCUCAGAGAGAGGCAACCAAAAGGCAUGAAAUAACUCAAGAACAAGCCAACGAAAUGCAGAAACAACUGAAGGCUCAAGAGAAACAGAUUAAAAAUCUGCAAAACGCAAACAACGUGCUAACCAAACAACUCAACACCAAGGAAACAGAACUGCAGAGACUUACUGAAGAACUGAAUGAGAAGAACAAGGCAGAUGCCAAUUUGAUUUUGAGAGUCACAGAUCUCCAAAUCCAGCUGAGGAACAUGGAGAAACAAAAUAUCAUAGCGAGCCAAACAUCAUCUGCAACGAUUACUGAUUGUAAGAAUAAGCUGAAGGCAAAAGAAGAUGAACUCUCUCAAGCUCAGAGUCAAGUCAGGGUCCUACAGACACAGCUGGACCGCAAGGAGGAGCAAUGCUCUGAUAUCCAGAUGAAACAAAAACAGCUGCAGAAUGAUCUGGACACCAAGAUGCAAGAACUGGAGGCCAAAUCUGACACAGUUACUUCACUUGUUCUUCAGGUUUCUACAUUAACCCAGCAGGUGAAGGCACUGAACACGCAGAUACAGAGCACUGAGAAUUCAGAAACCAAGAUACAAGAACUUCAGAAUCUUCUAGAUGAGAAGAAUAAGGAGUUGGAAAAGAAAAAAGCAGAACUGAUGGCAAGAAGUGCUCAAGCAGAAAGAUUUCUGGAGAUCAUUAUAGUACAGACAGAGGCUGAGACCUUGAGCAGUGCAGCUGUAAAUGACACAGACUAUGCAAAGCUUGCUGAACUUCAAAAGCGCCUCUACAGUCUGAUUGGGGGAAUUGAAAAUGAUGACUCAACAAAAAAGAUGAUAGGCAUGGUGAAUCUGCAAGAUGAAAUAAAGAGACUGAGACAGCAAAAAGAAGAACAGAUGAACAGGCAACUGACCAAAAUUAAAGACCUGGAGAAUGAGUUGGAGGAGAAAAAGACAGAGCUAGAAGAAAAGACAAAAGAGCUGGGCAGCAGUAAGACGACGGUUACAAAUGUCUCGGCUCAGAUUAUGGAUCUCCAGCAGAAAAUCAAGCAGCUGAAGACUCAAAUAGAUAACCUCAAAGAAAGCAAUGCUGCCACGUUAGAAGAGCUGGAAAACAAACUCAGUGUGAAAGAGGGGCAACUACAAGACAGUCAACGUCUAUUGAAGGAAUCAGAUGCAAAGAAUUUCCAACUGAUCAUGGACAUUACUGAUCUCCAGUCAAAACUAAAAGAGGCUCAGAGAGAGGCAACCAAAAGGCAUGAAAUAACUCAAGAACAAGCCAACGAAAUGCAGAAACAACUGAAAGCUCAAGAGAAACAGGUUCAAAAUCUGCAAAACGCAAACAACGAGCUGAAGAAACAGAAAAAGGAACUGGACACUUGCUGCUCUAAUGCCCACAGCCGGUGUGAUGAAAUACAGAAACAGCUGACACAGAGCCAGCAGGACGCUGAUCGACUGCAACAGCAACUGCAUGAGAAGGAUGCCAGCUUCAAUGAGCUGCAGCAGGAGUUACAACGAGUGAGGACGGAGAAAAAAGACCUGCAGGACCAAUAUGACAAUUUGAAAGCUCAGAAGGAUGACAGUGUCAAGCAGCUGCAGCAUGAAUUAGAGCAAGUGAAACUGGAGAAGAACAACCUGCAGGACCAAUACAAUAAUUUGAAAGCUCAGAAGGAUGCCAGUGUCAAGCAGCUGCAGCAGGAGUUAGCAGAGGUGAAGAGGGAGAAGAACAACUUGCAGGGCAAAUAUGACGAUUUGGAGGCUGAGAACAGACAACUCAAGGACACUGUUAAAGAUCUUAACAGACCGACGGUUGUGGAUGAUAAGACUGUCCACCCCGCCACUGUGGCUUUGGAUCCAGACACUGCUCACCCAAGAGUGGUUUUGUCUGCAGAAGGCACCGAGAUGGCCAUUGCUACGACACCGCAGAACAUUCUUGAUAGCCCAUCUCGGUUUAAUGUGGCUCUAGCUGCAUUGGGCAAGACUGGCUUCACACAAGGAAAGCAUUACUGGGAGGUGUCUGUUGCUAGGAAGCUGUGUUUUAACAUCGGGAUGGCCAGCGAGUCUGCUAACAGAAGGGGUGCACUACAGCUCCGACCUCAAAGCGGCUUCUGGACUAUAACUAAGAACAAACAGGGACAGUACCGAGCUUUUGAUACACGUCCUAAACCUAUUGUAAUACAGGCACAACCUAUUAAACUGGGUGUUCUACUGGAUUAUGACGGUGGCACAAUCUCUUUCUACGAUGCUAAUACCAGAGCUCAUUUGCACUCAUUUACUGGCCAAACGUUCGCACACAAAAUCUAUCCAUUUAUCAACGCUUGUGAAGAGGAGCCUGGUGCAAACAUGAAUCCAUUUGUCUUCAUUCCUGUUAGCUCAGUGGACUGGUUAUAGUAUAGGGAAUGAAGCAAGUGAUACUUGACAGUACCAAAUCCUAUCUUUGUGUCUUCCCAGAAGGCACUGCUUAUUACUCCAGUGAUCAUCUUUGUGCUUAAUAUACAAAAAUCAUUUCAACACGUUUGAAUAUCUCAGUAUCAUACCCACACAAUCCUUUG